AUGAAAAGGUGCCUCUGUCCAAGUCACCCGCUGUGUCUGGUCCGCAGGUCCUCGUUGCGCCCUCCGCUCACUCCCUCGGCUCGUCCAUAUUCCUCUCCUCGGCAUAAGGGGCUCCUGGACGGGAGACCCUAUCUGGGAUGGCGACAAUGGGGCCGCCGUUACUCCGUCAGCUCUAAGCCCCCGGCCAUCCGCCCCCAGCUACUGCGAGACUAUGUUCGGUUGGAGAUGAGAAGAUGCCCAGUAGCCGGGCCACAACAGAAGAAUCCCGAAGCGUGGAUUGCGCAGCUGGAACCGUAUCUGCCGCCAUCGCUCCGUGCUUCCUCCGAGCGCGCUGUCACGUCGGACUCCGGAUCGCGCGACGCCCAAGACGACCUCGCGCAAACCCUGGAGCUGCACAACCUAUUGUUUCAUGCGAGGUCAUCUGGAAACUUUGACCUUCUAUCCCACGUUGGCUUCAAACUCAACAACUGGCCUGCCGUCUAUGCCCUUCUGAAUCGGUUACUCGAUGUUUCCGACGCCCUUAGAGAGGUUUCCUUCCUUGCAAACAAUCGGAAUGGGAUGGACUGGAAAUUUGGAUCUGGGGUUUCACUUGAUCAACUUACGGAUCAGUGCUUGCCCUCGGCUCCUCAAAUCGAGCCGCAUUCAGGAACGCCGUCCAUUCCUGGGUUGACUAGCUUAGACGCCUUGGCUGAGCGUCCCUUUGCUGAUGAACAUUCAAAACGCUUAAUGGCGGAAGUAUGGCAGAGCCUGGGCUCGAUUGUGCUCGACGCCGCCGAUGCUUCGCCAGAGGACUCGAAGCUAGCAAUGUCCUAUGUGUUUCGCAUCCUAGCACGUCUCCAUCACUCCGGUGCGCUAUCGGACAGAAUUUAUAAAUAUGAUCCUCCGAGCGAUCACCAAACAUCAUUCCGGCCUCCCGGUCUCCAUCUUCUCUCUACCCCUAUUAUGAGUGUCUUAUCAGAUGCGGCGUGGCUGGUUCACGAGGAAGAAGUCGCGGCUCAAGCCGCCGCGGCCGGUGAAGAUUCCCCCUAUCUGCCCUUCAAGAUGGGCAUUCGAGAGCUCGGCCCUGAGAUCUGGCUGGAGCUAAUCCUCUGGUGCUGUGUCGAGCAUGGUCAUAUCACAGAGGGAAUAUGGCUCAUCGAGCGGAUGAGGAAGAGAAAGGGUGACCUAUCUUGGCACUUCAAAAGCUGGAAGCCUCUUCUCCAGGAUCCAGAGUCGGUAUGGAAAACAAGAGUCGACGCCGAAGACUUAUGGCGCCAUCCAGAUCAUGUCGACCGGACUUUACUGAGGAAACGUGGCAGCGUCACCCCAUUUAAUGGGUUAGGGAAGCGCACCAUCAGCGUGGAAGUUGCUGCAUCUUUGCUCGAUAACCUCCCCAACCUUGUUUACUUGGGAUUGGGUUGGCGCGGUGUAUCACCAACAGCGCUUCUACGGUAUGUCUCCUCCCUCAGGUUCGCAGUAACGUCGGCAACUCCCGACGAAAAACCUCUUCCCACCAUCAAGGAAUAUAAUUGGCUUGCUGUGAGGGUAAUCGAGUCCGGUGGAUUCGACCCAGAGGCCGACCCACGAGCUUUCGAAGAAUUCCUUCGAGUCACUCCACACGUCGUGCCUCCUUGGGACCAUGAUUUGCACGUCAUGGAUGAAGAAGAACUAGAGCAACUUCCUUUAUCGCAGGUCUACGAUGAAACUGCUGCUCUAAUAGGUCUGAUCGAGUACAUUAUCCGGUUCUAUGCAUCUCGCCGUCUCUGCGGAGACGCUAUCAACGCAUUUGCCUGGCUUCAAUCAGUGGUCGACGCUAGCAAAAUGAAACGCAUUGGCGACUUCUUCUCCUCACGAGUGGACUUCGACACUCCGGAACGCGUUCCCACAUUUGACGUGGACAACCUUGCCUCCUUCAAACCUUUCCAGUCGCCGAUGCCCCAGUUAUCCCCCAUCACCUUGGCCGAGUUACUCGACAUGGUUACCGUAUCACGGGCAUUUGCAUUCGGAGAGUGGCUGUUCUUCUCCGACGACAUCGACGGACCCGCCAUCCCUCCCAGCGCCUACGGAGACCAAGCUCUGGCUCCCUCAAUCAUCCGGUUCGCAGCUGCUACCAAGAACAACGCUCUCGGCGACGCCGUCGCGCGGUCUCUCACGCAGCCUCUUUCGACCAACACUCUCCGCGCAUUACUGAACUUCCGGAUAGCCGUGGGCCAGUGGGAUCUCGCGGUUCUCAUGCUUGAGUAUCUCCGCGACUACCGCCUAAAGUCGUGGGGCCACAGCAACGUCACCGCACUAGCCGGCGAGAUCAUCCGGCUUGAACACGCCCUCCAACACCCAUCAAGCACCGAGCACGCCGACUCGCUCCAAAAGAACCUCUCCAACGCCCGCGACCUCCUGCAGAGGAUCUUCAGCGGCGAAUUCAACGACCUCCAACAUCGCUCCGAGUCCCGCUUCCAGGAAAUGGCCCUCUACAGCCUGCAGCGCGUAUUCCGGUCUCUCCCAGGCGCCCUCAGCAACGUCGCCCACGCCGCCACGCCCACCUACAAGCCCACCCCCCGCAGCGCCGUCCCCUACAUCCCCAUCACGGCCUUCCACUCCCUCCUCUCCGCCGUCGUCGACACGCAAGGCAGCGCCGCAGGCAAACGCCUCUGGGAACGCUGGUGUCUCGAUCUGAAGUCGCCGGCGCUCCGCCGUCUCCAGGAAGGCGGUAUCCCGCGUCUCUACCUCAGCAAAGAGCGCAACGUCGCCAAGGGCGACCCGCACUUCGACGCGUACUACUUCAAGCAGAUCCAGAAGAAGGCUACCCUGCCCAACCCCAACACCGUGCGGAUCAUCGCGCAGGCCGCUGUGGCGGAAUACAACGCGUUCGAGGCGCAGCGCGACCACGCCGCCGCCAAGCUGGGCGAGCAGCCGAACCCCGCAGAGGAGAUUCUGGAAUUUUGUAUCCGGAAGUUUGAAGGGUUCCGGCUGCGCCAGGCCGAGACGAACCGUGAAGUCGGGGGGCUUCUCUAUCGGAAGAGGAAGGAGGCCAAGAGGAGGAUGAAAGCGCAGCAGUCUGCGUCUUUGGAUCGGAAUUCAAAGGUGCCUGCUUAG